AUGUCGGGCGGUCUCGAGCCCUUUGCUCUCCAGGAGGAUGAUGCUAUGAAGCUUUUGGCUACAUAUGCUCAUAUUGGAUCCCCCAAUGUUGACUUCCAAAUGGAACAAUACGUCUUCAACCGUCGUGUUGACGGAACCUACAUCAUCAACCUCAAGAAGACCUGGGAAAAAAUCCUCUUCGCUGCUCGCGCCAUCGCUGCUGUUGAGAACCCAUCCGAUGUUGUUGUUGUUUCUGCUCGCCCAUACGCCCAGCGUGCUCUCUUGAAAUUCGCUGCCCAUACCGGAGCUACCGCCAUCUUCGGACGUUUCAGUCCUGGAUGUCUUACCAAUCAGAUCCAAAAGAGUUUCAAAGAACCAAGACUCCUUGUCAUCUCUGACCCACGUAUCGACCACCAGGCCGUUCGUGAGGCUUCAUACGUAGGUGUCCCAGUUAUCUCUUUCUGUAACACUGAGUCUCCAUUGAAGCUCAUUGACAUCGCUAUCCCAUGUAACAACAAGGGAGAGAAGUCCAUUGGACUUAUGUGGUGGUUCUUGGCUCGUGAGAUCCUCAUCCUCAGAGGAAAGAUCUCUCGCCAAACAGGAUUCGUCCUUGACGGAAAAGAGAUUAUGCCAGAUCUCUACUUCUACCGUGAUCCUCAUGAGGCUGAGAAGGAAGAAGCUGGAGAGGUUGCCCCAAUCCCAACCAGCGACUACUCUGCUCCAGUUGAGCCAAGCGUUGACUUCACUGCUGCUCCAGAUGUUCAAAACUGGGCCGACGAAACUGCUAACUGGAAUAUCAACAAGCCAGCUGAAGGACAAGAGUGGGCUAACGCCAACGCUGUUCAACAAUGGGAAAUGAAGGCUGAGUUAAUAAAGGAAUAUCCUCUGGAGGAGUUCCCAAACUGGAACAUCUUAUCUAGAGAGAAAUAUUAUGUGCCUGCUCCUAUCGAUGGCUAUGGGGAAUGGGCUUUCCAUUCAAACAACUCUGAAUUCGCUACCAAAUUGGCUUUCAUGUUCAGUCGAUUAGGGUUGGAAGAGUUUUUCUUCUCUUUGAUUGUUGCAAUGGUCUGGCUCUUCGAUGUAAGACUGGGAUAUCUGCUGGCUGUUCUGUUAGGAAUCGGUUUCUUCUUUUCUGGAGUUUUGAAGGUUGGAUUGUGUCUGCCAAGACCUCCUGCACCACCUGCCUUGAGACUUAGUGAAGAAAACUUUGAUUGGGCUUGGCCAUCAAACCAUUCUCUGCUGGGCACAGCUUUCCCAUGGUUCAUAUGGAUAUAUUCGACGAAGCACUAUGAACUGUCGUUCUGGUCUUCCCUGCUGCUGUUGACUUCCAUAUUUGUCUGGAAUUGUGGGGUUAGCUGGUCUAGAAUAUACUUAGGAGUACAUUCACCAUGCGAUGUUUUGGGCGGCUGGACCAUUGGUGUUCUUAUUCUGUUUAUAUUCAGUGGUUAUUCUGACCGCCUGUAUGAGCUCUAUGUUCUAAGUUCUGGCAAAGAUUCAAACUUUUUCCUCUAUAUGUAUACAGCCAUCCUCGUGCUUUUGCAGAUCCAUCCACGAGCUUGGCCUGAAACUCAAAUAUUGUGCUUUUCGCUUGUCUCCGUUCUUGCUGGAGUUUCUGGGAUCUGGUGUACUCGUAUUUUGGAGCUAGGAGGUGCAAGUCCCUUCAAAAGUUUACGUGAAACAACACCUGACGCACCAGUCUAUAUGUAUCUAGUUCGUUUUCUCAUAGGAACCAUAUUUGCUCUUAUAGCUCGAAUUUUGAUUAAAACCAUUACUAAAUUCGUAGUAACUCAGACUUAUAAGUAUCUAGGACUGAGAUUCUACUCAUACACCGGGAUGUGUAAAUCCAUGGGAGACUUACAGCCUACUAAGAGAUAUACUAACAGAAUGAGAUUUUCUCCUAUUCCUGGUCAUAAGGUGAUCAGAGUGGAAGAUGCGCCAUAUGACAUAGACUUGCCCGUCAAAUUCUUCACAUACAGCGCUGUCGGCUUUAUGGUCGGAGAAGGAUGUCCUUUCCUUUUUGAACUUUUAGGAUUGUGA